UUCAAAAAGAACAAAAUUGAGAAAGCCAAAAGAAAUAUAGACAUUAUGCUUAACUACUUUAACAGUUCCAUCCAGAUGAGACCAGGAGCUCAGAGAAAAGUGUUUAAUUUUAAAAGUCUUUCUCCAACACCUUCAAUAAAAUAAGAGAAAUAGUAAAUUUAUGAGAAUAACUUCUCAAUGUCAAAAUCGAUUUCCAAAUUCUUCAAACAGAUAUUACCAAAAUCGAAGGUGUAAUAUCAAGAGUCCGAAGACCAGGAAGAAAAAAUUACAGCCUGCAGCUUCAGCUUACCAAGACUGGAAGAGAGAGCUUAAAUACAAGGCUUUCAGGAACAAUUUUCAUAUGGAUUCUAUCGAUGGGAAACCUUUUGAAUACAUUAAAAACUUACGAUUAACUGUUGGGAAGAAUUUUCAUGAGAAAAUGUACAAACGGUAUCUGAGCCCAUUAAACCAUCAAAGAAGACCACAAUUGUCUCACAAAGCAUUUUCAUAAAUUUCCAG